AGCUUAAUGUUAAUGCAAUAAUUAGGUAUUUAUAUUGUUUCGGACAACUGAGUUAAUAAACUAUUUUCAAGAUGAACGCAGAACUUAUCGUCAUUGCGAUGAUCGCAUUAUUUCAAAAUGCGUUGGUGUACGCUGAAGACACUAAACAACCUAUCACUCAACCUCUUGUAGUUUGUAAGCUGUACGAUUCGUUAAAAGGGGUUUGUACUUUCUCAUUGAGCGAUUUCGGCGCAACUCAUCCUGAAUGGGGACAAUUCAAAUUGGCUGCCAACAAUUACACUGUAAAACUGUUUCUCUAUGGUCAAAGUCCUGAUGACAAUAGGUAUGCUGCGGCGACGAAUGCCCUGAAUUACUUGAAAGAAACGGUCAACAAGUAUGGCGAAACACUUAGUACAGCGCAAAUACAGGACUUCAAGAAACAAAUUGUCGAAAUACAAGAAAAAAAAAAUAAACAGCAUACCGAAGACUGUAAAAAAUUGAAUCAAGACAAUCUUGUAUGUUGAUCCACAAUAACUAUGAUAUAUAUUAUGCUAUUGUAUUCCAAAAAAAAAAAAAAAAAUUAGCGACGCUAAUAAUAAUAAUUAUAAUAUCAUUGAAAAGCAAUACACUCUAUUUUGUACCAAUAUUUUUUAAUUACGAAAUUUACA